UAACUUAGAAAGGUACGUUUUAAGGGUGUGUCUAUGGAUCGAAUACACGUGUAAAACAUAUAUUACACAUUGUCAUAACUCUACUGCAAUUUCUUGUCGAAUUCAACCAACCAUUAAAACAAAAUAAUACUUUUCUUCUGUUAUGACUCUAUUGCUAAAAACCCAGGAUGCGAUUCAAUCAAACGAGUCAACGAAGGAAUUCAAUUUAUCAUUUCGCAACUAUAGGCCUAAGUGUAAAAAAUUAGAAAAAUACUUAAAACAAAACAAAUCAAUUGUGCAAAACAUCGAAAAAAGUUUAGAUCACGAAAUGCUAGAUGCUAUAAAUUCUUUUAUCAAAAAGGAUCCUUUAACGCAACUUGAAAUAAAACAUUCUAACCUUGAUCUUAAAAGAGAUUUGUCUAAAAAGUUAAACUCGGUAGUACCCCAAACUAAUGCAGCUUUGCUAUGCCUAAUAAAAAAGGAUGCUGAAAUAAAUAAAUACAAUCAAUCAGCACAAGCAAAACUUUUAGAACUAUCAAUUGAAGACAAAGUACAAGCAUCAAGGAGCUCAGAUGAUGAUGCUUGUUAAUAGACUUAACGAAUUCGAAACACUUCCAUGUGCACUUGGCUACUUUUUUCUUUCCUUACUGUUUCUUUAAACUGCAUGUUUUAUACACUGGGGAAAUGAAACUAAUAAAAAAUAAAAACAUAGCAACACUGUUGUCUUUUA